AUGAAGACAUUCUUUCGCUCCCAAGAUUUAUGGGACAUUAUAGAAGAGGGAUUCACUAUUCCAGAAGACACUUCCGCUCUUACUGCAACUCAGAAGAAGGAGUUGAAGGAAAGCAAACAAAAGGAUUCAAGGGCUUUAUUUGCUCUUCAACAAGCAGUUGAUGACACAAUCUUUCCGAGAAUAAUAGGUGCCACAAACGCAAAGCAAGCUUGGAACACAAUACAAGAAGAGUUUCAAGGAAGUGAUGAGGUACGCAAUGUUAAACUUCAUUCUCUAAGACGAGAGUUUGAAUUAAUAAGAAUGAAAGAAUCUGAGACCAUUAAAGACUACUAUUCUAGAAUAAAGGAAAUAGUUAGUCAGAUGAGAGCCUAUGGGGAAACUAUUCUUGACAAAAAAAUCGUUGAGAAAAUUUUAAUUUCUAUUCCCCAAAAAUAUGAUGCAAUCGCAACUGCGAUUGAACAAACAAAAGAUUUGGCCACAUUGUCAGUAACACAACUAAUGGGCUCUCUUGAAGCUUAUGAACAAAGAUUGAAAAGGCAUGAAGAAGACUCAGUCGAAAAUGCCUUUUAA